AUGGAGCGAAGUUGGAUGAAAGCAUCAUGCUUCAGUGAUGAAUAUCAACAUGGGGUUGAACAAUUCCUACAAUUUACUAAACAAAAUGCACAAAGUUUAGGGGGAAAAUUUUUCUGUCCAUGUGUUAAAUGUGUGAAUGGGAGACACCACUCAGUAAACGAAAUAAGAUCACAUCUUAUAUGUGAUGGGAUCAUUCCAAAUUACACAAAAUGGAUAUGGCAUGGGGAAUUGCCAGACAUGCUAACAGUUUGUCACACUGAGCCGGUUAAUGAAGACAUCAGAGAUCGUAUAGAAGACAGGAUUCGCAAUCUUGGACAAGAUUGUUUUCAGCAAGCACAUGCACCUUUGUAUGAGAAGAUAGAAAGUGAUUCGAGGAAGCCAUUGUAUGAGGGAUGCACAAGUUUUACAAGGUUGUCAGCGGUGUUAGCUUUCGUGAACUUGAAGGCAAGAUUUAGGUGGAGUGAUAAAAGUUUCACUAAAUUGCUUGUAUUAUUGAAGAAGAUGCUUCCUGAAAACAACACAUUAUUGAAGAAUCAGUAUGAGGCGAAGAAGAUUUUAUGUCCUGUGGGAAUGGAGUACCAAAAAAUCCAUGCAUGCCCUAAUGAUUGCAUAUUGUACAAAAAUCUGUUUGCAGAAAUGCAUAAGUGCCCCACAUGUGGGGUAUCAUGGUACAAAGUCAAGGAUGACAAAUGCAUUGAUGAUUCGACCACAAACAAUAGUUGUCCAGCAAAGGUGUGCUGGUAUCUUCCAAUAAUACCAAGGUUUAAGGGAUUGUUUGCUAAUCAACAUGAUGCAACAAACCUUACAUGGCAUGCAGAUGGCAGAAAAAGUGAUGGAUUGCUCUGA